CCCUCCUCCACCCCCCCAUGUCACGGCCACUGUGACAGACAGACGCGGCGGGGCAACGUUUCACUGACAGCUCAGUCCCUCAACACACCGGCAGGACAGCAAGUCACAAAAAAGAAAGACGAACAAACUUGCAAACUUUGAAAAAAGAUCAAGUCGGUAGUGGAGAUACAAGUCCACAUCCCAUUUGAAAUCUUGGGUAUGCUGGAGCCUAUCCCAGCUGUCUUCAGGCGAGAGGUGGGGUACACCCUGGACUGGUCCGCCAGCCAAUCGCAGAUGUGGCAUCAAAUAAUACAGUUUCAGUUUCACAGAUGAAGAUGAACGGCUGUCAUCGAAGUGACUUGGAAGGCAUGCCAGGUGAUUCCACUGUGAUGGAGGUCGAUUCCCAGCAGACCCAGUGACCCCCAUCGGUGUCAGCCGCACCGAAUGUGCAACAGCAACGCUCCAAACCUUCGUUCUUUUCAACCAGGUUUCCAGUAUGUUCCACCGGAGGUGCCGGCCCGUCCGUCUGAUUAGUGCCUGCCUGGUGGUGUCGGUGGUCAUGCUUUGCUGGGAGAACACAGCCGUGAACCACGUUAAGUCGUACUCCUUCCGCUUCCUGGUCGACCACUUCAGCCACAUCAACAAAAGCCUCACCAUCACACGGGAACAAGCCCAGAGGUUCAGCAACUUCCGCAAUCUGUUGGAUCACCCGGAAAAAUGCGCCGGUGAGGAUGUUCUCCUCCUGGUUUUUGUCAAAACGUCUCCUUGGAACAUUGUCAGGCGUGAUGCCAUCAGGUCUACAUGGGGAAAUGAGACCUACAUCCAGCGUUCGCUGGGAGUGACGGUGAAGGUGAUGUUCGCUUUAGGAGUACCCGCAAUGGACACGGAUGCUAUUCAAGAGCGUCUCAUCCAAGAGGACCGUCGCCAUGCCGAUUUGAUCCAGCAGGACUUCAUAGACUCCUUCUACAAUCUGACCCUGAAGCUGAUCAUGCAGUUCCACUGGAUGCACCACCGCUGCGCUCACGCUCGCUUCCUCAUGAGCGCCGACGACGACGUCUUCAUCCACAUGCCCAACCUGGUGGAGUACCUUCAGGAUAUGAGCCGCCGAGGCGUUACUGACUUUUGGGUGGGGCGGGUGUACUGGGGGUCCCCGCCUAACCGCAGUAAAGACAGUAAGUACUAUGUUCCUUUUGAGAUGUACCAAUGGUGGUCUUACCCGGACUACACAGCCGGGGGGGGCUAUGUUGUGUCCGGCGACGUCGCCAACAAGAUCUACCAAGUUUCGCUGACACUGAACGCCUCGCUUUACAUAGACGAUGUAUUUAUGGGUAUCUGCGCCAAGGCUGUCGGCGUGUCACCGGAAGAUCACAUGUACUUCUCAGGGGAGGGCAAAGCACCCCAGAACAUGUGUAUCUACAACCACAUGAUGACCUCCCACGGCCACGUGGAGGACCUCCAUGACCUUUGGAAGGCAGCCACUCACCCUCAGGUGAAGGAGAAGACGUCUGGGAUCCUAGGCAGGCUGUACUGCAUGGCCACCAAGAUCUUUCUGCUUUGUAAACCCCAACAUUUCAACACCUACCCGUGUUCGGCCGCUUUUUACUGACUCAACAUUACCAAAUCCUCACGUGUGGCGUCUUCCUCUUAAUGUGACCGCAUCAACACGGGACUCAUGUGAGGUAUCUUGUUUUGAAGU